UUGCCGGUGGGUGUUGAUCCCUGCAUUAUCCAGGUUCGAGCCACGUUGUGUGCUGCUUCGCGAUGAUGCCCCCUGGCCUUGUGUGGCCGAGACUCGGAGUCCUGCGGGCACAGUGGGCACUGCUGGCGGUGCUAUUAGCCCCGUGGAGAAUAUGGGCGGGGAUAGCGGAUAUCCCGAUGUGCACCUGGCAGGUUGUCCUAAACAAAUUUGAGACGGUAGGCAAGUUCUCUGGGAGCGAUCGCUUCUUCGAUCAAGAACCCCUGAAAAGAGUGAACCUAAUGUUCAGAUUCUUGGUGAAUGCACCUCUCCAUCCUGACGAGAAAUACCUGGGCUUCCCUUACUACCUGAAGAUUAAUUACUACUGCGAGGGAGAGGUAUCUGAGGCCCUGGUCCGCAAGGGCCACCUGACAGGGCUGAAGCCCUUUGUGCUGGUCACCUUCCAGUCACCUGUCAACUUCCAUCUCUGGAAGAUGGAGCAGCUGCAGAUCCAGAUGGAGGCAGCGCCCUUCCGCAGUGAAGAGCCAUGCAACUACAAGGAUAUAUGUGGCAUGAGCUGGUACACGCCCAUGCCCAUCAAGAACGGCAGUGUGAUCAUGUACGUGGAUGUCAGCAGCAAUGGCCUAGGGCCCUUCAUUCCUGAUAAAAGGUUUCAGAUGAACAUCAACGGCUUCCUGCAGAGCAACCCAGACAGCACGCUUCGCUUCACUGUGGGGAAUGAGAUCUUUAAUCUUGAGCCCCGGUACUUCGUGAAUGCCUCCUCGAGGCCCCUGUGGUACACGGUGGACCAAGCGCCCGUGCUCAUCCUGGGCGGCAUUCCUGAGGAGAAGUCUGUUCUUCUCACUGAUACCAACUUCAAUGACUUCUUUCUUGUGGAGCUGAACAUUGACAGCUGCUGGGUAGGCUCCUUCUACUGCCCCCAGACCAGCUUCACGGCCACCAUCUAUGACGCAGUGGCCACCGAGAGCACCCUCUUCAUCCGGCAGAACCAGCUCGUCUACUACUUUACAGGCACCUACACCACGCUCCACGAGAGCAACCGAGGCAGUGGGAGCUGGGUGCGCGUCCUGGCAAACGAGUGCAUCAAGAGGCUGUGCCCGGUGUAUUUCCACAGCAACGGCUCUGAGUACAUCAUGGCCCUCUCCACCGGCAAGCAUGAAGGUUACGUCCACUUUGGGACCAUCACGGAAGGCCGUGUGUCCUUCAAGUUGAUACCAAAGAGGCAGUCGGUGUGCGAGAUGCUAACAGUUGCCAACUGCUCCAUAAUUUGGGCCACAUACAUUGACAACAAUAGGAAACUGCUGCUGCUGGUGGAAAUGGAGGGCCAAACCACUGCCAAGAAUUUCCAAGUGGUCAGCUACUACAUGGCCAAUGAUAGCCUGUUUGCCCUCUACACCAUUCCACCAUUCAUCCCUGACGCCCGGAACCUGGAUUUCCUGAUCCUGGGGACAGUGUCUUACACCAGCUUCCCCAUGAUCCCCAAGGGCAUGUUCUACAACCCCUACAACCACCUGCUGUUCAUCUGGGGUAACUUCCUGCUGCAGAGCUAUAACAAUGAAAACUUCAUCUACCUGGCCGACUUCCCCAAGGAGCUGUCCAUCAAGUACAUGGUCAACUCAUUCCACGGGGACAUGGCUAUUGUCACGGAGACCGAGGAGGUCUGGUACCUGCUGGAGGGCACCUACCAGGUGUACAAGCUGUUCCCCUCCAGAGCCUGGAGUGUGCACGUCCAUAUCCAGAUGACGUACUUCUCCUCUCUCUAUGCGCCCCAAGAGACCAUGGUCACCCUCUUCUACGAAAACAGAAAACUGUACCAGCUGGUGUACCUCAUGAAGGGGCAGCAGGGCUGGCUGGCCAAGAGGCAUGUGCCUGUGGAGCAGCUUCUGAAGUACCAGCAGCUCGACAACCAGCACCUCGUGGAGCAGCACGGGACCCACCAGACGCUCACCUUCACCAACUUCUGCCCCUUCAUCGUCAUCCGCCUGCGAGACCUGCCCAACCCGCAGCGCUACACGCGCCAGGAGCACUACCGAGCGCAGCCGCCGCGGGUGCUGGAGCCUCACGGUUUCCACAGCCAGAGCUCGCUCAUCCCUUACGCAGACCGGAUGCACGACUCCACCUGGCGCUGGUGGAAGAACAAGGAGGACUACUGGGAUUACUAUUUCUACCAGGCUAGCAACAGGGAGAGACCCAACAAAGUGCACAUUGACACGGUCAGCUACGAGAAGAUCUACGACCUGAAGGCGGAGUACGAGCUGCCUGAGCGCAUUUUCCUGGACAAGGGCACCAGCUACAGCUUCUCCGUCUUCCUGACCACCAGCGAGUCGUCCUUCCAGGCCAUGCUAGAUUCCUCCAUGGGCCUGGCGGUGGUGCUGGCCGACCCGAUGUGCAUGGAGGCAGUGGUGAAGCGGAAGGUUCUUGUUAAUCGCAAUUCCGUGCUUUUCUGGGUAACGUUCAGUGAUAAGAGCGUCUGCUUUGACCAGGGCAUUAGUGGACACCACCUCAUGAAGACCUCCAUGCUGGUCAGGGUGGUGGGCUCCUCCGGGCACUGCUUCCAGAACACGUUCCGAGGCCCCCGCUCGCAAGGCAACCUGAUGGUGCCCAUACUAAUCGGCUGCCCGCCUGGCAAGCGCCUGGCCUUCGACAUCUCCUACACGCUGCAGUACAACCGCCAGCAGAACAAACACUAUUUUGAUUGCGUGAACCCAGACCCCGAGAUGCCCUGCUUCCUCUUCCGCGACAUCUUCUACCCUUUCUUCUUGAUCCAAGAUUUGGUGACGGGAGAUUCUGGCAGUUUUAAGGGCAGCUACGUGCUCAAGGUGGUGGGCGGAGGACCCACGCUGAGCACCAUCAAGGACUACAGCGAGGAGGAGAUCUACCGCUACAACAGCCCCCUGGACAAGACCCGCAGCCUCAUCUGGACCUCCGUAAAGAACAUCACCACCACCGGAGACAUGGCCUUCAAAAUCAUGUCCUAUAAGAGCACUGGCAUCCAGUGGCUGUGUCUGGAGAAUUCUCCAUGCCAUGACACCGUUCCCCAUAGCAUCUUCGCACCCGAGUUCUUCUUCAAGGUAUUGGUGAGCAAUAGAGGCGUGGACAAGAGCACAUACUGUGACUACCAGCUCACCUUCCUGCUGCAUGUGCAUGGGCUCCCCCUCAGUGCCAGGCGGGCCCUCUUCAUCUUCAUGGUGUCAGCCAGUAUCUUAGUCAGCCUGCUGAUCUUCUAUGUCAUCUACAUCUGCAUCUUGUCGCCCCUCAUGGUGAAGGCCUGCAACAUCCUUCGCUGGAAAAUCAACAACAUCAUCACCUCAGAAUCCUUCUACACCUACACCUCCUCUUCCAGAAAAUUCAAUGGGCCAUCUAGGUCCAGGUCUAGGAUAAGCUACAUAAACAACACCUAUAAUAUCCCCAAGAUGCCAGAGCAGAGCCAGCCUGCAGCCGAGGAAACGGUGAAGCAGAUGUAGCUCACCUGCGCCUCCUGCAAGAACCCCAGCCUCCCUCCGCCCUCAUUUUCCCAGAGCAGCUUAGAAAUGCAGUUCCCCAUCUCAUGCCUUUCUUUCUGUUUAGGUUGAAUUCACACUCCUUCAGAUACAAGUAACGCCUCAUUCAGGACCAGCUAUGGGCGCACGUUAAGUUAGUUUGUACCACACAGCUGCAUAGGUCAUUAAAAUAUCAAAAUCCUUCUGUGACACUUGGCAAAGAGCUGCUUCUCUUUGUGCUUGUCCCUGAAGGACACCUCAGGAUGGCCCUUGCCUCCCUGAAGUCCCGUGGGGCCUCCAUGACUCAGGCCCAUCACUUUGGCCUGCAGUCUAUUCUGAUUAUCCAUGCCCCAAUUUAGCACCAGUCAUUAAAUAUUUUGAAUGUCAAUAACUAUCUAGUGUGUGGCUUAAGGAGAGGACUCUGGUAAAGUUAAGAUUCUGGUUUUAGUUGCAAGUAGCAAAAAUUUCACUCAAAUGGUCAAAGUGGAAGUGGUAGUUUAUGGACUUUGUUAAGAUGGGCUUCAGGUACAGCUUGAUCCAGAAUAUUUCAGUGUCCAUAGGAGUCUGGCUCCAUUUUUUUCUGCUGUUUCCCUGCUCUGAGUAUAAGGAGAUUGUUAGGAGUUUAAUUGA